AUGGCGCCCGUCUCCGCGUGGGCGAAAGAAGCUCUCGCAGCUGUCAACGGACAGCCUAUCGAAGUAGCCGCCCCCACCCAAGCCGAACCUGAGGAAGACCAGUCCCCAUCCGACGAUGAAUGGGACGGCCAGCCCUGGCAAUGCGAUCUACCGCCCGAGUUCACAGCCGCCUUCUACCCUUCACAUCAGGCCGUGCGUGAGGUCAUUGACGCCUGGGCAGCCGAGCGAAAUAUCGAUCUCACAUCGGUUAGGACCUGUCGCGAAAAGGGAGAGCUCUUCAAGGAGGUCCUUGGCUGCCGUCACCGUCUGCAGCGCCGCAAUGUCCCAGAGACGGGUCAUCGUCAUACCACCACCGCCAGGACGGCGCUUUGCACCUGGCAGGUCGUGGUGCAGACCAAAAAGUCGAACAAUGGACUCUGGACCAUUCGCACGUACAACAAUCUACACACGGGACACGCCCCGUACCAACAGUUCAAAGUACGGAGACGAGCGACCCGAUCCAGGGACUUGUUCACCACAAAAGAGCAUGCUGCCGAGUUUACUCGCCUCGCCGUUGAUCCCACCGUGUCGUCCAAAACCAUCUUCGAACACAUGACCAACAAGUUCCCAAACGCUGGCUUCGAGAUCGCCGAUAUUUACAGAUACAGGGCUGACCUCCGCCGGGCCCGCCGACAUGGUGACCCUGCAGCCGAGGCUACUUUCCGCACCGCCGAGUCGGGCUCAUUUCCUGAGCUGGAUCCAGCACCAGCUGCUCCCGCCGCCGAUACCGUGGCCACCAGUUUCGGAUCUGUCACAAAACCCAAGCGGAAGUCCCCAGCAGAGCGCAAACUUACAACUCCCGAGCUUCAAGCCAUGGAGCGCAUGUUUCUGUCACCACAUAUCAGUGUUAUCGAUAUCGCCAAGGCUUUCAAGAUUGGCUCCAAGAGUGUGAUGAAACACAAAAAACGAUUUGAGAGUGUUGGAAAGGUUACGCGGAAAACACCAGAACCUAAAUUCAAGCAAUUCCACCUGGAAAAACUUCUUGAACUGCUCGACAAGGACGACAGUCUUGGGCUGAGUGAUCUCCAAAAGUUCCUGGCUGAUAAUUACAAUGUCAAAGUCAGCAGAGCAUGGAUUAGCACAAAGCUCACGCGAGCAAACAGAGCGCGCAGGUUCAAACAAACCCAGCAGCCGGUCGAGGAACCUGCUGAACCCGAAGAGGUCCAGAUCGAAGCUGACGCUAAUGCCGACCCCCUCCCAGAGCAAGAAGAGGUUGGGACAGAAAUGCAGCUUGAAUCGAUGGUUGACCCCGCGCCAGAGGAGAGACAAGAGGAUGCAAGCGGAGAGCUCGAGUCUAGGCUGCUGCCGAUGGAUAUAGAUCGACACGCCGAAAUGGACGGUCAGCCGUUAUUCUCGUGUCCAUAUUACAGGAAUGAUCAGUGGAGAUUCAUCAACAGCACCACGUGUCGAUCGGGUUUCCCAAACAUCCCGGAUUUGAAGUCCCAUCUAAGCCAGUGUCAUACCAAUCCGAGGUAUAUCUGCUUUCGCUGUGACGAAGUCUUCAAGGACAGCCCAAGCCUUGAGCAGCACCAAAGACAGGAAACCGCUUGCCCACUACGGGAAAGACAGUACCGUGUUGGCAUGAGCUGGGAACAGGAAGACAAAGUUCGCAAGCAGCAAGCGGUACCCCGACAAGGCCAGACUCACGCAUGGCUCAAGAUUUACGACAUUUUAUUCCCAGGAUCGGGCCUGGCGGCAUCUACCCCUUUGAUAGACGUUGCUGUGAACGCGCCGACCACAGGCGUCGAUCCGUUCUUGUGGGAGAGCGAACGCAGCAUUCCCUCUGAACUGCAAGGCACAUGAGAAAAGACCCGAUCGGCUGUUCGAUGGGCCAAGUUACAAUUUUGUCGGCCAUGAAGCAUAAUUCCAUGAACAUAAAAACGGACCCGCACGCACAGGCAUGUGCAUAUAACAGUCUUUUACCAUAUUUUCGGCUUCAAUAUCCCUUGAAAAGUCCACAUCACUUACUUUGGAUAACCUUAUUCCAAAUGGCAAGUGCUUGUCAUGCCAAUUCCUUUGGGAUCGACGCCAAUAGGUACUGAUAUACCUAUGUUCGGGAGCUGACCUCGUGAAAUGGUUCAAGGGUCGGUUGAGCCUUCUGGGGUCACUUCCUACGAUGCUAAGAUGGAAAGAAUGCCAGCAGCGGUGCGAUACGCAACUUGACCAGCAGCAGUGUUGCUUAGCUACCAGUCGUUCUGGUUCGCCAUAUUAUGGCCAGUCAGUUUCAGAAACACAGCAUCGGAACAAAAGAGGCCGAGUGCAGUUGAGCACCCCGCACACUGGCGGUCAUAUAUCCGAGGAGGCGGGGUGCGUCUGCAUGCCAUGGUGUUGCCCGUGGGAGGUUGGGGUUUCUAGCCCUUGAUUAGGAUAGAAGUGCUUUGCGGUGAAAGAAGCCUGAGAAAUAUUGGAUUGGAUGGGAAUCCAUUCCAGAUUCGGAGAUUUGUGGCGAUCAUCUAGCAUCGGCUGCUCACCCGAGCAGCAGGCAGCAGGCCAUUUCCAUGGUACUGCAGCACACACUUCUCCAUUUCCGAAGCGAGCAGGGGAAGUGAUGGGUUGCAAUUCAUUGCUUACUAUUCAGAUGACUCGCACAUUUAUGCUAUCGAGGGCGAAGCCGUCUGUCUGCGUACCCAUCUGCAGUGUGGACAUCAGAGCGCGAUCGUCACCCCGGUCCACACCUACCCACGAGAAAAAGAAAAGAUCACCCAAGUGAUUAUAAUGGUAACCUUAA